UUCAAACAAUUUGGUACUCUUACGGAAGGCAUAGUGAACUCAUUAUAAAUUGCAGAAUCAAAUGCCACUCAGUCGUAUCCCACCAUCAUUUCCUCUCCUUUUCACCUAUCACCUAGCAUUCCCAAUUCCCUAAUGGAGCUUCAAACUAGUUUUGUUCGUUUAAGCUCUCUCUUCUUUCUGUCAUUCCAUGCUAUUCUCUUCAUAUUUCUAUACUUAUCUUUUCCACAGUAUGCGUCAGCAAGCAUACUUGGGAAUCAGUCAGACAAACUUGCAUUGCUUGAAUUUAAGUCCAAAAUAAUUGAAGAUCCUCAAGGACUCAUGGAUUCUUGGAAUGCCACUCUCAAUGUCUGUAAGUGGCCUGGUGUUACAUGUGGCCAUAAACAUCAAAGGGUCAUUUCUUUAAAUCUCAAUGGCCAUAGAUUGGCUGGCAGUAUAUCACCUAGCAUUGGCAAUCUUUCAUUUCUCCGAAUUCUUGAUAUGUCAGACAACUCCUUACAUGGUAUAAUCCCUCCAGAAAUUGGCCAAUUGAUCAGACUUCAAACCUUAAACUUAAGCUUCAACUUCAUCGGAGGUGAAAUUCCGUUAACCCUGUCUCGUUGUGUUAACAUUGUUAACCUUGUUGUAGACCAUAAUAGCAUUGAAGGACACAUUCCUGAUGAAGUUGGUUCAUUGACAAAGCUGGAAAUGUUAUACCUCAAGAAUAACAAUUUCACAGGAAAUGUUCCAUCUUCUAUUGGAAAUCUUACAUCUCUGAGAGAGCUUUACAUUUCCUACAAUGACUUGGUAGGUGAAUUACCUGAUACAAUGGCCAAUAUGCGAAGCUUAACAAGUUUUGGUGCAUCAGUCAACACUCUGUCUGGAGAGUUUCCCCCUGCACUUUGUAACCUUUCGUCUCUUAUACACAUAAGCUUGUCAUUUAACAAGUUUAGAGGUAGUCUUAGACCAGAUAUUGGCCUUGCCUUCCCAAAUCUUCAGAAUCUGUAUUUGGCCAACAAUUACUUCACUGGUUCAAUACCAGCUUCAUUGUCCAAUUGUUCAGAUCUUCUGCGGAUUGAUAUUCCUACGAACAAUUUUACGGGAAAUAUACCAUUGAGUUUUGGCAACCUCAAGAAUCUGCUCUGGCUUAAUGUUCGCAGUAACCAGCUUGGAAGUGGUGCACCUGAUGAUCUAAAUUUCAUGAAUGCUUUGACCAGUUGCAGAAAGCUUGAGUUCCUGGACAUUGCUGACAACAAAUUUGGAGGUAUUUUGCCUUACUCUAUAACUAAUCUCUCGACAACGUUGACAAAGCUACUGAUUGGGAACAACAGGAUAAGUGGAACCAUACCUAGAGAGAUCUCCAACCUUGUCAAUUUGGAUGUGCUUAACAUCAAAGGAACUCUUAUCAAUGGUAGCAUUCCUGAUUCUAUUGGAAUGUUGUCAAACUUGAAAAAUCUCCACAUGGAAUCAAAUCAGUUGACAGGAAAUAUCCCCUCUUCCUUGGGAAACAUCACAGGAUUGAUGCGCAUUCAUUUGCAGAACAAUAGCUUGGAAGGAACCAUACCUUCAAGUUUAGGAAAUUGUACAUCUCUCCAAACCUAAGACAUUUCCCAGAAUAGACUUAUUGGUAGUGUAUCAAAACAAGUCGUAGCACUCUCCUCCUUUUCGGUACUCCUUAACAUGCUUUAUAACUCUCUGAGUGGUCCCUUGCCUGUGGAAAUAGGUAAUCUGACCAAUCUUGCUGCACUUGACAUAUCAAACAACAAAUUAUCUGGUGAAAUUCCACACACACUGGACAGUUGUUCAUCCCUUGAAGUACUCUUCAUGCAAGGAAACCUCUUUGAAGGAACAAUUCCUCCUCUGAAUAAUUUGAAAAACAUUCUGUAUCUUGAUCUUUCCCGUAAUAACUUGUCAGGCAACAUUCCCAACAGUAUUGCCCAGCAUUUCUCUUUACAGAAUCUCAACUUGUCAUUUAACCAUCUUGAUGGAGAGGUGCCGGUUCAAGGUGUUUUUCUGAUGCAAGAAGAGUUCAAAUUAUGGGAAAUAUAAAUCUUUGUGGGAGAAUCAAACAGCUGCAUCUGCAUCCAUGACUCAACCAAGCAAAUAAAAGACCGAAGAAGCACGUUGCCCUCAUUAUAGCACUGACUCUUUGUGCUAUUGCUGCAUGCUUAACUUUAUUGCUGCUACUUCUACUUUGCUGCAAGCAAAAAGUGAAGCAGAGGCCUAGCUCAACAUCUUCUGUUGGGGAAGGAUACACAAGAGUUUCCUAUGAUGAUCUCUUAAAAUCAACUGGUGGGUUCUCUUCAAAUAACUUGAUAGGAUCAGGAAGUUUUGGCUCUGUAUACAGAGGAAGCCAUUCUCAAGAAGGAACAAUUAUUGCAGUAAAGGUACUUAAACUUGACAAAAGGGGUGCUUCGAAAAGCUUUUUAGCUGAAUGCGAAGCCUUGAGGAACAUAAGGCACAGGAACCUGGUGAGGAUCUUAACUGUUUGCUCAAGUAUUAAUUUUGAUGGAAAUGAAUUCAAAGCUCUGGUUUAUCCAUUUAUGGAAAAUGGGAGCCUAGACGAGUGGUUACACCGGAAGGAGGGAGAGAUGCCGCAGAAGAGAUUGAGUAUCUUACACAGAUUAAACAUCACAAUAGAUGUGGCUUCAUCAUUGCAGUAUCUUCACAGUCAAUGUCAUACACCUAUAGUUCACUGUGAUCUUAAGCCAAGCAAUGUUCUUCUGGAUAGCAAUCUGACUGCUCUUGUAAGCGAUUUUGGUUUGGCAAGAAUCCUGUCUGACUCAGGUCAAGAGGCUGAAGUAAAUCAAUUCAGCUCUGUUAGGAUUAAAGGCACAAUAGGUUAUGCUGCUCCAGAAUAUGGCAUGGGUGGUCUAGUAUCAAGUCAAGGGAUGUCUAUAGCUUUGGGGUUCUUUUAUUGGAGAUUUUCACGGGGAGAAGACCAACCAGUGAACUAUUUGAGGAGAAUGAAAAUCUUCACAGCUUUGUUAAGCAUGCAUUACCUGGUCAAGUGAUGGAUGUUGUGGAUCAAACUGCUUUGUAUGACAAAGAACCAGGGGAUCUUACGGAUAUACUCAGCUGCAGAAGUGACUUCAGAAGUGAAAUUGUUGAGUGCUUGGUUUCUAUUCUUACCACUGGAGUUGCUUGUUCAGAGGAAGCUCCACUAGCCAGAACGAACAUGGGGCGGGCUAUUUUGGAUCUCAUUUCAAUCAGAGACAAGUUAAGCAAAACUUUAGUUCAUUCAAAGAAAGUGAAGAGCUCAAGAAAAGGUGAAUAGUAAUGUACUUCACAGUUUGUAACUGGACUUAUUUCGCUUACUAGCCGCCUCCAACCUCCUCUUCCAUGGGAAAAGAGAUCCAUCUGGGACAAAAGUACAAUUUGACCUAUGCUACUUUACCUUCUUUGGCACUUUCCUUUUCUUGUUUCACUUUUGCAUCGACAUGAAUGUUAUGCACUCAAGCAAGUUAAUAAUCAUCCAAUAUUUGAAGGAUUGAGGUAAACUUAGCAUAUGAAAUAACCUUGAUUGCUAUUUAUUACAGCUCCUAUAUUGGUGUC